AUGACCAGUUGGACUGAAAGAAUGCACCGUAGGGCUGCGACAUUUAGUAAUGUGGUUACAUCUUGUGGACAUCCGUCCGUUCCGUACCCGAGACGUUUGGAAAAAGUCAAAUUUGGUGUUCCCAUCGAUGAAGUGUGCAAAAACGACAUUCCCGGAUCCCUUUUGGUUCUCAUAUUGAAAUUGAAUAAAGAAGCGCCGGAGAAAAAGGAUGUUUUCAGAGCUCCCGGACAUCAGGGUAACAUGAAAAAACUCAUACAUUUUUUACAGGCUGGACGUCUCGUCAACAUGGAUAAUUUUUCCGUUUACACGAUCGCAUCAGUUUUGAAAAAAUUUUUGAGGAAAUUACCAGGAGGUAUUUUCGGAAGAGAGGGAGAACAAGAAUUAUUUCACGUCAUCGAAUUGGAAAACGUAGACGAACAGAGAAACAUGAUUCACAGGUUAAUCGUGUCUUUGCCGAUACACACACAAAGGUUGCUCGUACUACUAUUUGGCACGUUCAGAGUCAUAGCCACGAAUUCGGAAAGGUGUCAAACGGGUAUGACGUCCGAAGCAUUGGGAGUAUCCGUGGCUCCGAGUUUUUUUCAAACGUGCGUUUCCGAUGGGAAACAAGCGAGAAUGGAAGACGUGCAAAGAUUUAAGGUGGCGACGAAAAUAAUGAAGUUCAUGAUCGAUAAUUUUGGUGUGUCGAAUUUAUUCGGGAGGGAAAAUUACGAAUACUACGCAAGAAUCACGGGAAGGAUAUUGAAAGUGGAAGAAGAUUGGAUAUACAAUUUCCGAUAUCCGCCUGAUUGUUUCGUUUCCCCAAUGAGCCAACAGGAAGAAAGUCAAAGCACUCCGGCGUUGAUACACUUGCCAGAAUUAUCCGGAGAACCUUGUAACGCAUCCAUGAGCAUGAUUCCAAAAACAAAUUUGUUGGAAAGUUAUACGAGGUUAUCGAUUAGUUUGGAAGAAAAUGGACUCUUUAAGGGUUCUUCGAGAUCGUCAAGUUCGAGCGUUACAAUAAGUCAUCACAUGACUCUAGAAGAAUUAAGAGCCGUUAAUCGAUAUGCAGAAAGCACAAAAAGUUUGUCGUAUUUGCCUCAGGUUCACGAAAGACAAACUGCCAGAAUGAGAACUAGAUCCGAAUGGUUUCUAUCCCCUCUCAUCGCUCCCGGACAAUUGCUCUAUGCCAUCGACAGCGAUCCGACGUCUAUAUAUUUGUUGAGGAGCUCAUGCAGUCGGUCAUCAGCUGAUUAUCGUUUGUUGAAAAUGCUUGCAAAAAAAGGAGGGACGGGAUUAUCGGCGAGCGCGGAAUCUAUACACAAAAGGCCGAGCAUACGUCGAAACAAUUCGAGACACGUGCACAGGACGUCGAGCAAAAGGAACAAGGAAAACGGUUCGACGAAAAAACACAGUCCCUCGGGAUCGUUUAAAAAAUCUCAUCACCACCAGGACAAACACGAGGGCGGUGGGAAAACAUUAAAACUCCUGAGUUCGGACGUGAAACAAAUGAAAAUGAAAGAAGAAACCACCGGAGCGGAGCCGCUCAAGGAGGGAAGGAUAAACGCGAACGCGGGAAGAUUUUUAAAAGAAGACAACGGAAACGGAAACGGAAACGAUGGCGUCCUGGGAACCCUGUACGGAUCUCAAAAUUCAAUGCAAGAUGCUUUCGGGAAUUUGAGUCACGCUCAAGAUGUGAGAUUGUUGAAAAUGACGUCACUCGAUUCGAAAUCUUCCAACGUUGGGCAAAGCAUGUAUCAUCAUCAUCAUCAAAAGAAAAACAGUUUGGGGGGUUCGAGUUUUCCGAGUGACGAAACGAAUUCAAAUUCGCAAUCGUGUAAGCAAAUGAAAGUUGAUGACGUCAAAGGUGACGAAGUGUCCGAUAUGGACGUUACCACUUAUCACGUUAAUCUAACGUAUAAGCCUAGGAUAUAA